GUUCCUGCUGCGGAUGUGUGAGUGUGUGAUGCAACCAGCUGUGGAGUUACUUCUUCGUGUUGUUGGAACCUCAGACUAUGCUUUAGAGUUUCUGUUCUUAUAUUUAAGACCUUUUCUAACUCUCAGAUGUUUACGGUUGUUUAUUUAAUGACGUCGUCAGUUCUGUUCAGUCGCUGACGUCACCUUUCCUGUAUGGAUGCUAAUGUUAGCUAGCUAACAGCCGUGGACUCUCAGCUGUUUGACUGGUUCCGACGGUACCGGGUCACACUCAGACCUCCUCUCACCUAACACAGGUUUUCAACUACAGACUGCAGACGUGCCAUUGUCCUAUGUGUGUGUGGUGAGUCCCCCCCUCCCCCAGCUGAAACUUUGGGCUGUUGUUGUUGUUGGUCUGUGGUGAAAUGGCCACCGCUGCCCCCUCCCCCUCCCCUUCCCCCCCUCCGGCCUCUGCCCCCACGGCACCCACCGAAGCCCCCGGUCCCGGCUCGGGCAGCUCCACUGGGGCCGACAGUGGGAGCCAGGACAGUACCUUUGAGUGUAACAUCUGCCUGGACACGGCCAAAGACGCAGUGAUCAGCCUGUGUGGACACCUGUUCUGCUGGCCGUGCCUCCAUCAGUGGUUGGAGACCAGACCCAACAGACAGGUGUGUCCAGUGUGUAAAGCUGGCAUCAGCAGAGACAAGGUCAUCCCCUUAUAUGGACGUGGAAGCACCGGUCAGCAGGACCCCAGGGAGAGGACCCCCCCUCGACCACAAGGGCAAAGACCUGAGCCAGAAAACCGAGGUGGAUUCCAAGGUUUCGGUUUUGGUGAUGGUGGAUUCCAGAUGUCAUUUGGAAUCGGUGCCUUUCCUUUUGGUAUUUUUGCCACAGCCUUUAAUAUCAACGAUGGGCGUCCUCCUCCAGCAGCCCCUGGGACGCCUCAGCACAUGGACGAACAGUUCCUGUCUCGACUCUUCCUGUUCGUGGCUCUGGUCAUUAUGUUCUGGCUGCUGAUCGCAUGAAGGAAAAGCAGACGGUGACGGGUGGAUGUUGGACAGACGUUUCAGACCUGCUUCUGUCUCCAUGUGUUUUCAGUUGGAUAUAAAUGAAACAGUUAUUAACAGGGUUUUUUAUUUGUUAUUGUCUGUAAAUGACACAGUGAACCUUAAAUCUGUCAGUUCAGUUGGUUUAUUGUUGUUCUGUCAGACCACAGAAGGACCGUAGAGCAGGGGUCUCAAACAUGCGGCCCGGGGGCCAAAUGCAGCCCGCCAAAGGUUCCAAUGCGGCCCGUGGGAUGAAUUUGCGAAGUGCAAAUAUUCCACAGUCAAGGCUGUGGAACUCAUUUUAGUUUCAGGUUCUGC